GCCAAAUUCUAGACUAGAAGUCCAAAUCCGCAGCUCCCAUCUCUCUCCCCAUGGCCGCGGCGGCGCCGGAGGCUGCGGACGAGGUUGCGCCGUCGGCGACGCUGAGCGUCUACAAGGCGGCACGGUGCAUCAAGCGGCGGGCGAGCACGCUGUACAACGCGCUGCGGAGCGUGGCGGAGGACGCGGCCUUCGUGGCGGAGGUCGCGGCGCUGUGGCCCUCGCUGCCGCUGGUGGCCAACCUCCGCUGCGGUCUCUGGUACGCCCCGCCCCGUGCCUUCGCAGCCACCUGCUACUUCAAGUCCACGGAUGGCCACGCCGGGAACUGGUCCUUCUCAACUGCCCGCCUCAACCUCCACCUCGCCCUCCUCGCUGGGGAGAGAGGAGGGUGCAUAAUAGUUGAUUCAACAAGGAGAGGGAAACGAUUCCCUGAUAGCAUGUCAAAGACCAUACCCAUUUGGUGCUCUGUCUUGAACCGAGCGAUUGAGAGGCAUCGGCUGCAGGCUAUCCACAAAAGUGCCGAAGUGAAUUAUCAGUCGUCUACCCUGCUGAAUGGAGAUGCAGAAAACAACUCUGAUCUAUCUAAUUGGGAUAGCUCAGUGCACCUUCCUGUAUGGGUUCUAGGCACAGAGAAAAAUGCUAUAGAGGGGCGUAUUGAUGAAUGGACAGACCAAUUUGAAUCAUGUGGUGCAGAUAUUCAUUCUCUUGCGGUAGGUUUGCAAAAACCGCUACGUCCUCUAUGGAUCUCACAAAGGACACGUAUAUGGUUAAAUGAAGUGCCGGAGCUUGAGUCAUGGGAUUUCACUCCUAUAAUUCUAAUUUCUGCAUCUGAUGCAGUUGCUACACAAAGGAUGUCUUCAGAAUUCAGUUGGCACUAUAUUCCUGGAGCAGGAGAUGAUGAAGAGAGUUGGGCACGUGGUCUAACUCCUACCUUAUUCUGGAAACAUUCAUAUGACCUUAUUGAUGCUGGACCAGAUCGUUGUAACCAGAUAGUUGCUGAUAUUGUUGAAAAAGAUAGGGUUUAUCGUGCACAGAGAGGUGAACAUUGUCCUCAAAUUACAUGUAAGUCUCUGAGGAGCCUUGCUGGUGCCAAAUGUAAUGAUGAUCAGACAACCGAGAUGUGUGCUAUGAACUUGGAUCAUUGUACCAGUACAAUGGAUGCACACUGUUCUAAUAAUGGCCUUCUACUCUUUUGGAUUGGAACAUCAAACCUUGCAGUAUCAUCUACUUUCCAUGUUGCAGGUGCCUUAGUUGGUGUGGACUGCAUACUGAACUGUGACAGCACGUCGAAGCUACCUGCUAGUUCAUCAGAAAAUUCUUACCUUGAGCUAUCUAUUGUUGGCUCAAAGGAUGACCGAUUUUCAUUGAUGAGAAACCUUCCAAAAGCAGUUGACUUUGCAAAGAGGAAUUUGAUGGCUGGGAGAAAAAUUCUCGUGUGCUGUCAAAAUGGUAAAUUAACAAGGAGAAGAUAUAAGUAUUUGUGUGGCCUUGGCAAUAUUGGCCUUGUUAUUCGAUGAUAACGGAUGCUUUGACUAUGGAAAUUAUUUUGUCAAAAGAGAUGUUACAAAGUUGGAGAUGAGGAGGAGGCUGGUAUUCAUCUGUAAAUUUGCUGUAAACGCACGGCCAUCUAGAGGAAACUUGAAACAGGUGUAUGGUUUCCUCAGCAGUCAAAAGGAACUGCUGUCAUGUUUGACAUAGCUUGGUCUUCUGUGAUGUAGAUGAGGUAUCAGUUCUGAUCUGCUGCUUGAGUGAUAGGUGUGGAGUACGAGCUGGGGCUUCUGAGUUUGUCUUUCACACAGUCUGUUGAUCAGAUGGUGCAUUACGAUCAUGCCCAGAGGUUUUCAUUGGAAUUGCCACCAUGGCAAUGAUCUCAUUCUGGGAUCAGUAUCUCAAGCCAACGUCAAUCAACAUUUAUUUGGAGAAGAAUGAACACAAACUUUGGUAGAGUGUGAUUGCAAAGACAAGCUGAUGGCUUGGAUAACCUAGCGAUGAUUCGAGUAUUAUCAAUCUGUGAUAAAAUAUAGAAGAAACUAAGUUAAGGACGUGCCUGCCAGAUUGGAAAGUCAUUAGUGCUUAAUAGAAUUAUGAGGGAAAUAAUAGUGAGAAGUUAUCUUAUUUAUUUUGCGGUCUUUUUUAUCUGCAAAUCAUGUUUAGCAACCAUUUCCAAUCGCUUUGUUUUAGAAACUGGACCAACUUUCAAAUUGAAGCGCAUGACAAAAAGCAAGUGGGCACUUGAAGAAAAUGCAUAUCUUACGAACUUUUCUAUGACAAUGAAUGGGACAAAUUUUCUGUUGAGACAUGUAAAUAGUAGCAGUAAAAGUUUCAUUUCUAAA